AUGUCAACAUCGGAAGGACUACUUGUGCUUACGGGAAACAUCACUCACCGGCAACAACGAAUAUCCUCUUCAACGGAACUAGCAAUUACAACAAAUUUGAGCUCAAGUUCAGAGCCAUUACCAUCGUCUACUCCUGCAACAACAGUAACAACUAGGCCUGAUCCAGUCACAUUUCAAAAGCCUUUUGGAAACUUUAUCGAUGUUAUUGUUGCUGCUUUCACUGUUAGUUCGAAUUUUGUUAAUUUUAGGAAAUGGCUUGUGGCAAAUAUUCUUUAUAAAACUUAA